GAUCCGAAACAAAUGGAAUUUACAGUUGGUGAAAUGGAGGGAACGAAAUUGGAAUUAUCUUUCCAAGAUAAAAUUCUUUCUGAAAAUGUCAAUCAGGCCGAUUCCAGUGUAAAAUCAGAUGUUUCGAUUGCAGAAGAUAUUAAUCUUAUAAUUCAACAAGAUAUAAAAAUACAUGAAGAAACAAUGCCAAUUCAUGAGGAGCUUGUACAAGACAGCACUGAUGAAAUUAGAGGAGAUUCAGUAUUAGUAAAGAACAGUGAUGAAAAGAAAUAUCAAUUGAUAGAGAGAAACAAUAUUGACACAACUGUCAAAAGUUCCACUUCUUUAAGUAAUUUCACAAGUGAGUUUAUAAAAUGUCAGACAUCUGUUGAUACCAUCCUUCCACAAGAAAAGUGUCUUCAGAAAUCAUCUUCCUGUAAUGAUAUUAGAUUAUCUUCAACAACAUUAUAUGAUACAUUAUUAUGUACAUCUUCAGAUACAAUUUCUAAUCAUAAUGUAAGGUCUAUAUCACCAAAUACAAUAUGUAAUGAUGAAGAAGAAAUAAUUUUUAAUACCAAAUUGUAUAUGGAGGAACAUGAAACAAAAUCGUUGAAAAAUAUUGUUGGUGUAGACACACAUGAAAACUGUGAAGUUAAAGAAAAUAUUGGAGAAACGGAAGAAGAAGUAUAUCAUUCUAAUGCAAAUGGAAAAUUACUAGUAAAUAAUGGUCAAGCUCCAAGAAAUUUAGUUAAAUAUGAAAAGAAUUUUAAUGAAGAACAAAAACUAUGUGCAAUUAUCAAGGAUACUAAGAUACAGAGCAAUGUAAUAUCUAGACCAACUUUGGUCGAUGACAGCAGAUUGGUGAAAAUUUCACUGCCAACAAAUCCAAUUAACAUAAUGCAAUCAAAUGCUCAGUUUCUAAACAAAAGUCGUAACUUUUUAAAUUUUAUUACAGAAAAAUCUACAAACAUCAUGGAAAAAGCACUGUUACCACAACAUAUAGCAAUGAGAUAUAAUUCAGUAAUGAAAUCUGUAGAUAAUAUUUGUAAUGAGAAAAGGUAUACAGAAGAAUCUUCUGGCAUGGAAUCCUCUUUGACAGGAUUAGCAUUCAAUAAUACAUCAGAUUCGUUUUUAAAAACAAAAAGUAUUUCUUGUGUAACAAAAGGUCAAAUGGAUGUGCAAACUGUAGAAAAUGAAUAUGUAAAAAAUGAUGAAAAUAAAAACACUUUCAUGUUAAGUUCGAAUGAAACUAUAAGUGGAAAUAUUGAACAAAAUAGUAAAUAUUUAAUUACAAAUGAAUACAUCUUUGAUCAAAAUAAUGUCAUUGAUCAUUCCUCUAAAUUAAAAGAUUCAAAACAGUCAGAAUCCUCUUCCAUCGGUAACAAUGUUAAUAAAACAAAUGAUAAUGUACUUUGUGCAAAUACAAAUAGGAAUCACAAUCUUAAUUUUGUGGUAUUAAAUCCUGACAACAAUAUAGAGGAAGCUAUUACUGAUACAAUAUAUAAAAAAGAGGAAGUAAGUACUGAUUUUGAAGAAUCGAAACAGAGUUUGUUGCAACAUCCAAUUUAUCUUACUUUAUUAAAAGACUAUGCGGAUUUAAAAUCUAAGCACUUGAAGCUACAAGAAAAAGUUGAACACCUGGAAGAAAGGAAUCGAAUUUUGGAAGCAGAAAACAAAGGAGAGGUCUUUUCUGUGCAAAUAGAAACAUUAGAAAAGACAAUAAACAGACUUACACUUGAAUUGCACACAUCAUUAGAAGCACAGGAAAUGUAUAAAAAAGAGUACAGUGCUGCAAAUAAAGAAAGGGAAAGCAUGGUAAUGAAAUAUGCAGUUAGUGAGAAACAACUUAUUGAUACACAAAGAGCGAAGGAAUCUGCAGAACGUAAAGUAAAAGAAAUGACAAUGCAACAAGAGACAUUGCAUAGUAAACUACGAGAAAUGCAAGGGGAACGAGGUAGAAUAUGUAAUAUUCUAACCGGAAAACAUCGCGAGGUAAUUGAUCUUCAGAGAGAAGUUGAAAAAUUAAAGGAAGAUGUAAAGAUGAGGGAUAUAAAGUUACAAUGGACUCAGAACAAAUUGAAAACAGAAAUGGAUUUGCAGAAGGAAACUCAACAAAAAUUAGACAAAGCCACGAUCAGGAUCAACGAAAUGAAGGAAGAAUGCGAACAAGUCCGCAAAGAAACACAAGAAACAAUGCGAAAAUUUCAACAAUCGGAAGAGAAUAAAGCAGUUACAUUAGAUCAGCAAUUAAAGGAACAACAGGCACGUUUAAUUUUAGAAAGACACGUCACUGAGGAUAAAGAAAUGUUGAGGGUUCAAUUACAAAAGGAAGUAGAUACAUUGAAACACAGACAACAAGUUCUAAUUGAAGAAAACAACAUGCUUAGUUUAAAAAUACAAGAUGUUGAAAAAAACCGCUUAAACUAUGAAAGUAAUCUGAAUAAUUUGAAAAUUAUAACAGAUCAACGUCAAAAAGAAAUUACGGAACUACUAAGUAAAGUAUCUGAGUUAGAAUCAUUGAAGACUCAGCUUCAACACAAAAAUCAAUACUUAGCAUCAACGGAAGUAGAGAUCCAACAUUUACGUUUGGCUAAUGAAGAAUUACAGGCUGAUAUGUCUGCGUGCCAACAGAAAGAAGCAGAGAUGCUGGACUUCACGCAAAAAUUGACUGAUAAAAAUGUACGGCUACAAUCGGAGUUUACAGCCAUUGAAGCCAAAGCAAAACAAUUAGAACAAGAGCAUGGACCAUUAUAUCAACGUAUAAGUGAAUUAAUUGAUAAAGUGAAAGUAUUGGAAGAAAAUCUUGCUCGAGAAAAGAAAGCGAGAAUCGAAGAAAGCGAAGUUUUAGAAAGGUGUCUUACGGAACAAACGCAGGCAGCGAAAAAUCUUGCUCAGCAAUUGGAAGAUAGUCAAGGAGAAAAUGCGGUGUUAAAGAGGAAACAACAACUAAGUAUGAAGGAAAUGACGCGUGAGCUUCAACAGUGUCGGAAAAAAUUGGAUGCGUUUGAAACAUCAAUACCUUAUAAUUCGUUGAGUGUUGCAUCUAGAACUGGAUCAAAUAUUUCAUUAAUUACAGGAGAUGCUUUAAAUGGUGCCUUAUCCGAUAACAGUAUCAAUGGUGACCAAAGUAUUCAGCCUACAGAGCCUAGUAGACAAUUGUUAAUAGAUCGUAUUAUAAAGUUACAAGAAAGUAAUGCUAGGAAAGCAGAAAAACUAGAUUUUUUUGAGGAACACGCUCGAAUAUUAGUUGAAGAAUUGCAGAAGAAAAAGAAAAUCAUACAAACUUAUAUUUUACAUGAGAAUAUUGGUGCCAUGGGUGGCAAUGAGAGAGAUAAAUACAAGCAUAUCAAGAGUAGGAGAAAUGCAGCUGAAUUAGCAAGGCAUGGAGGAAUAAUGGCCUCUGUCUACAAUCAACGAGUCUCGGAUGAUAAUAUGACUCUUGAAUUAUCAUUAGAAAUAAAUCAAAAACUCCAAGCGGUUCUCGAAGAUGCAUUAUUUAAGAAUAUUACUCUAAAGGAUAACAUCGAUACUCUCGGUGAAGAAAUAGCAAGGUUAACGAUGCAGAACCAACAAAGGCAAAAUACACACUAAAAAUAUAUUAGGACAACAUACUUGUACUUAUAUUGUAAAGAUAACGAAAUAUCAAAUGCAUGUGUUAAAAACGCGGAGAUAGGCAAAUUAUCUAUUAAGAAACUUGGUAUAUAUAUACAUAUACUAAUAUUAACUUUAAUGUCUUAUACUGAAUAUACAUAAAGUUACAUUUUUUUCUAUAAAAUACACAUAAAAAAUCAUUUUAAGUAAAAUUAAUCUUUCAAAAUAAUUUGAAAGAUCUAUUUUUUCAAUUCAAGAUGGAUAUAAUAAUUUCGUGAUUACUUUUUCAUCCGAAUGUUUUUAAUGUAUUUUUUAUGUAUUAUAUAGUAGCUUUUAUCAUAUACAUAUUGUAAAAAAGGUACUUUGGUAUAUCAUUUUAGUUAA